CUCCGCGGCCAUGUGACCCCGCGGCCGGGCCCGGGCGCGACGGGACGCGUUGGGACCGGCGUCGGGGGUCGCGGGCGCGGCCCGGGGCGGGGGCGGGGGCGGCAUGGAGCGGAGGUGGGUCUUCGUGCUGCUCGACGUGCUGUGCGUGCUGGUCGCCUCUCUGCCUUUUGCCAUCCUGACGCUUGUGAGCGCCCCGUAUAAGCGAGGGUUCUACUGUGGAGAUGACUCCAUCCAGUACCCCUACCGUCCAGACACCAUCACACACGGGCUCAUGGCUGGGGUCACCAUCACGGCCACCGUCAUCCUUGUGUCAGCCGGGGAGGCCUACCUGGUGUACACGGACCGUCUGCAUUCCCACUCCGACUUCAACACCUACGUGGCGGCCAUCUACAAGGUGCUGGGCACCUUCCUGUUCGGGGCCGCCGUGAGUCAGUCGCUGACGGACCUGGCCAAGUACACAGUCGGCCGGCUGCGGCCCAACUUCCUGGCGGUGUGUGACCCUGACUGGAGCCGCGUGAACUGCUCCGUGUAUGUGCAGGCGGAGAAGGUGUGCAGGGGGAGCCCCGCCAACAUCACCGAGUCCAGGCUGUCUUUCUAUUCCGGACACUCCUCCUUCGGGAUGUACUGCAUGUUGUUCCUGGCGCUCUACGUGCAGGCCCGGCUCUGCUGGAAGUGGGCGCGGCUGCUGCGGCCCACGGUGCAGUUCUUCCUGCUGGCCUUCGCUCUCUACGUCGGCUACACGCGCGUGUCUGACCACAAGCACCACUGGAGUGAUGUCCUCGCUGGCCUCCUGCAGGGGGCGCUGGUGGCCGGCCUCACUGUCCGCUACGUCUCCGACUUCUUCAAGUCCCGGCCCCCACGGCGCUGCCUGGAGGAAGAGGACCUGCGGCGGAAGCCCAGCCUGUCCCUGACGCUGACCCUGGGUGAAGCUGGCCACAACCACUGUGGGUACCCGGUCUCCUCUUCCUGAGGCGGGGCCCCCGGCUGUGGGUCCAGCGGGGUAUCAGGCUGUGUUCGGGGUCCUGGCCGGGCUCUCCCCUGAGGUGGGGAGGGGGGCUCUGGACCAGCUCCAGGGGCCACCCACCAACCCCACCUCCUGUGCGCUGGACCCACGGUCUGGGGGUGCACAGGGUGGCCCCAGCGUCGGAAAGGGGGACCCUGUGCCUCAGCUCCCUCCGAACCCCCUUUUCUUGGAGGAGAGGGGAACCGAGAGCCCCAGAUAGAUGCUGGUGCUGUAAGUGUAACGUAUCUGUGGACUUCAGUAAAGCAGAGUGUUGGAUGGA